UAAAUCGAGUGUGACAGAUUAUAUUUUUGAUUGUACAGUAUUGGUGUAUUAUUUACUGCGUUUAUUUUUUUAUAAGUGCAACUUUUUGGAGAACCUUCUAUGAUAUGGUGGUAGAAGAAUCGUGACAUUGUCUAUCUAACAGUAUGUCAAUGAGGAGGAUAGUCUCACUUGUUGCUGUGUUGUUUGUUAAUCUCACAAGUAAAAGAAGAUAAAGAGUGAUUCAAAAGAAAUGGUAUAAUUAGUGUGAUACGCAUACAUUAAAUGGUAGUAAUAUGUAUAUCUACAUGAAAUAAGACAUGUUAGUGGGGCAGCCUUAAGGUAUAAUGUUUCGUAGUUUACCAGAUAGGGUGGCAGGGCUAUAUUAUGCCCAUGGCCUGUUUUGCUCCUCUCAUCCUAUUGCAGUUAUUUCAUUGGCAAUCUCAAUUGUAUUGCUAUGCUGCUAUCCUUUGGUCAAUUUACCAAUGCCUGGCAAUGUGCCAAGGACUAUAAUCAAUCAUACUAUUGUACCUGAAAAUAACACAGAAAACUCUGUGUUUUAUGUUCAACAAGUGGUAUUAAGGGUUGGAGUUAUACCAUGGACAGAGGAAUUAACAUUAAUGGAUGCUUUUAGGGGUCCAUUGCAUGAAGUUUUUAAUCUUUUGGAAAUUAUACAAAAUUAUCAGCAUCCAGAGACAUUAAAGACACUUGGUCAAGUAUGCUUACAUAUUGAGGCAGUUAAAAAAAGAAAUGGCAGAAAGUCAGAAAUAUUGCCAGAAUAUAACUGCCUUGUUCUUUCCCCUGCAAAUUUAUGGCAACGAAGUAUUGAACUAUAUGCACAAGAUACGAAUCUUAUAAAUACCAUAUAUUCAUAUCAGAAUCUACAAAAAGGUAAAAUUAGUUUAGCUGAAAUAAUGUUUGGGAUGAAUCUUAAAGAAACUGGAAUAAAAAGAUAUCCAUUGCGACUUAGACAAAGAAUUUUACAAUAUGCAGUAACUAUUUACUUAAAAGAUUAUGAUCCCGAGUUUAUAAAAGGAUUACAACAUAGAUUGAAAAGUUACUAUCACCUUCAUCAAGUGGAAAAUGAUAAUGAUACUUAUAUCUCCAUUGAUGAAACAUUGCAUAUCUUCUAUCCUGGUGAAUUUAACUACAGUGAUAUUUUCCCACUGAUAAUGACAUUUUUUGCUUUAUUUUUCUAUGUCUAUUUCUCUGUUCGGAAAAUAGAAUUAGUGAAAUCAAAGAUUGGAAUAGCAUUUAGUGCCACUGUAACAGUAAUAGGUUCACUAUCUAUGACUGUGGGUGUAUGCUUUUUUUUUGGCUUAACUUUAAGUUUAAAUGGAAAAGAAGUAUUCCCAUAUUUGGUGAUUAUCGUAGGAUUGGAAAAUGUGUUGGUAUUAACCAAAAGUGUAGUGAGUACUCCGGCACAUUUGGAUGUGAAGAUACGUGUUGCUCAAGCCCUGUCCAAAGAGGGUUGGUCCAUCACUAAAAACCUGCUUACAGAAGUAACGAUCUUAACAAUUGGAUUGUUUACUUUCGUACCAGCCAUACAAGAAUUUUGUAUAUUUGCCAUUGUUGGAUUGGUCAAUGAUUUUUUUCUUCAAAUGGUAUUCUUUUCGACAAUUCUUGUCAUUGAUAUUAAACGAACAGAAUUGUCUAGUGAAACAUCGAAAUUUCAUUUGCCAAAUAUACCAUCUACGCGUAAACAGCAAUUUACGACAACUAUAACAAAUAGAAAGCCGAAUAUUUUUCGAUCAAAAUCUCAUCCCAGGUUAAAUGGUUUGUCUAAUGGUCCAACAAAUGUCAUAGCACCUAAUACACAAAACACUCAUACAUUGGGUAAAAUUCCAAAACGUUUACGUUUAGUACAUUUCUGGGCAAGAACUCGAAUAUUUCAGCGUGCCUUUAUGGUAUGGAUGGUAGUUUGGAUCAGCAUGAUCAUUUAUAAUUCUGGUAUUGUCGAGCACGUCAUACAUUUAAGUGAAACUUUAAAGCCAGAAUCAGAUAUUGAGGGAUAUACAGUAGACAGAGCUCAGUCUUUAAAUAAUUAUGUUGAAUUGAACACCAUGAAACCAAUGUCAAUGCCUUCUGCUACCAUUGAUCCAGAUCAUUUAAAUAAACAGGAUGAUCUGACAAAUAAUGUUACUGAUGAAUUAAAUAAAUUAAGACCAGCGGAGUUUCCACCUUGGAAUCGCUUAUCACUUUAUCAUUGGUCUUCGAUCCUUUCGAUGUACAAUAUCUCUGCCGCCGGUGGAAGAAUAAUUAUAUUACCUACAGUGAAACUGUCUCAUGCUGUUAGUCCACAAUUAGUAAAACAAAUUAGUAAUCCGAACGAUGUGCAACAUUUUCAGUGGCAGAGUUUUGCAACUGCUGCUCUCGAUCCAUUAGACUUUUCAGACAUGGAAUUACCAACCAGAUCUGAAGCACGAGGGUUUAAUGCGGAUGCUCCCUUUAUUCCCUCUAGUCCGAUGGAAAUAUUCUUAGCGGCGGUGCUAUGUCUCAUUAGUGUAAUUGUUGUUGCCUAUACAAUGGUUGUCCUGUAUAGAUGCAUUUGUUCUAGGAACUACGCCGAAUGGCGGGCUAGUUGGUAUCAGCCAGAGAAGGCACAUGAUUCAGCCACACAGUUAGUUUUAGAAGCAUCACCCCUAGUUCUUGAGGGUCAUAAUCAAGAAGUAGAGUGUAUUGCUACAGAUAGUAACACCAUAGCCAGCACGUGUUUGGCUGGGCACAUCAGAGUGUGGGAUACGACGUCAGGUGAACAGUUGGUGCAUAUAGACCGAAAACAGUUUUUUAGUAGUCCCUACAAAAAUUUGAAUCACGUGACACCUGAUAUGGAUGAGUUAAUGUCGGAUUACGAAAGUGGUUCGCCACCUUCGAGAGGAGAAAUGGAGAAUACCAAUUCGUUUGGAUUAUACUCAGCAGCAUCAGCUGUACACUAUAGAAAAUCCUCUCCUGGAUUAUAUAAUGUGUACCGAGGACAAAAUAAUAAUAAUAAAAGACAUUCAAUGGGGAACACAUUAGACUAUGAUUAUCAAAUCAAUGAAUUUAGUUUCGAGAGAAGGAAAAGCGCCCGCAGAAGUUUAGAUAAUGCUUAUGAUCUUCCGGACUUAAAAUCAACAAUAAAUACCAAAUUUUCAUCCAUGAAACUGUCAUCAGGGCAGCAAGUUUAUGAGCAAGGCUUUGACUUUGGUGAUCAAUAUAAGCAUCUUUUUGAGGAACACAAUAAAUCCAUAGAUGAGCUACGGAAUUCAGAAAGCUUAGAACAAUUGUGCAUUCCUAAUGAGAAAUUAAAUUCAUCUGGUAUAGUGAACAAUGCAUUCUCAUUAAAUACGGAUAGAACUGUGCAACUUACACAUACAGUGUCUCCCAUUUGGUGCAUGGAUUACCAGGAAAAUCUUAUAGUUGUAGGCUGUGCAAAUGGAAGUUUGGAAUUUUGGGAAGGUACUACGGGUAAAUUUAAGUGUUUAUUUGACGAUGGAUCAGGUCUGGGAAUAUCUGCUGUAAAAUUUAUCGGUAGUAGAGUGGUAGCAGCUAAGUUAAAUGGAUCUAUUGAUUUUCUACAAUUAGAAAGUUAUAGUGAAGGUCAACAGAUUGAUUGGGGUUUUACCUCCUACAGAAGAACUCAUGUUAGAACUGGAAGUGCUGGUUCACCUAUGGAUAUUAAUAACAUUAUGCAAUCUGAAGAAGAUCUUCGUUGUAUAAAAAUUAGUUCUCAUAAAGCACACCAGCAAGCAAUAACCGUGCUCGACAGCGAAGGGGGUCGGGUUUUAACUGGUAGUCAGGAUCAUACUCUUAAAGUAUAUAGGUUGGAAGAUCAGUUGCCAUUGUAUACUCUCCAUGGUCAUUGUGGUCCCAUAUCUUGUCUUUUUAUCGAUAGAAUGAGCCCUAUGACGUCUGGUAGUGGCUCUCAAGAUGGUCUUUUAUGCGUUUGGGAUCUCCUAACUGGGACAUGUAUGUACAGUAUACAAGCUCACGAUGGUGCUGUAGCGGCUAUUACAUGCUCGGUCUCAUAUGUGAUAAGCAUUGGUACUGAUGAGAGAUUGUGUGUAUGGGAGCGAUUUCAAGGGCACUUAUUACAUACUCUUCCAGCACACAGAUCAGCAUACAGUUUACAAUUAGUUAUGUUAACACAUCAUCUACUCAUAACCAGUAGUCAGGGAUCACUAGUAGUUUGGGAUGUCAGAACAGGGGAGCCUAUACGCGAAGUGAGGUUGGGUCACAAGGAUAGUUGUAUUUUCGUAAAGCAAAUGUUAGCAUUAAGGGACAGUGUGGUGUGCGAUUUCGGUCGACAAUUGCGAAUAGUCAGAUUCCCGUUAGUUUCUGAUAAGUUAGACUAAGAUCUGUAUAUGCGUCAUUGUACAUAGCUGCUUCGUUUCUUAUUUAAUUUUAAUACUUAACAAAGUCCCAGCACUAAUGGGAAUAUAGAUUUUUACACGAUGUACAUUUUACAUUUUAAAAGUAUCGUACACACUUUUAAUAUAAAUAUUUUACAUUACUGACUACGUCAUGGUUGCGCCUUAAUAUUUGUACUCUGUCGUGACAGUAAAAGAGAAACAUAUGUAUGCUUAUUCUUUUUGUUCAAGAACUAUGAAAAAUUUUAGUCGAUUCUCGGGACCAUUCGUGUACAUUUGAAACAAUACAAAGGUACUAUGAAAUAUGAAAUAUAUAGCUAAAGACAGUGAUACGUGAUAGAGAAAAUAUUUUUAGAUAAUAAAACCAGAGGAUCGAAUAAUUUUUGGUAUUUCCAUUCAUUAUCUAAAGAAAAAAUGGCUGUGUUAUAUUUCGAGGCAUCCGUUUUGUUUCACGGCGCAAUUAGGAGCAUUUUCAUAUGCGUCAUUUGUUAUCUCCUUUUCUAUUUAAGAGAUCUCGAAACAGAUUUGUAUGCAGAAGUUGCAUUUGUUAAA